GCUGCGGAGAACAUGCGCAAAAUGCUAAACGCCCGCCAUUAGUAGCGGACCACAUUAGAUUUUGAUAAUUUGUGUUUUUGUGCUUGAAUUAUGCUUUACAGUGCUCCGCUAAAGCGAUCACUCUCCGGGCACUAGGUCAUCAUGCAUCGUCGUCUCGUCGUAUGAUGAAGGUUUGAGCAGCACCAGUAUCCGAUUUAAAAGUGAGAAUUCGCUACGAUGGGGGCUUUCCUCGACAAACCCAAGACCGAGAAGUACAACGAACGGGGCAGCGGCAAUGGCCUGCGCUACGGACUGGCCAGCAUGCAGGGCUGGCGCGUGGAGAUGGAGGACGCGCACUGCGCUGUCACCGCACUGCCCGGCGACCUCAAGGACUGGUCGUUCUACGCGGUGUUCGAUGGGCACGCCGGCGCCCGCGUCUCGGCCCAUUGUGCCACCAACCUGCUCGAGUGCAUCAUGCAGACGGAAGACUUCAAAAAGAGUCUAGGUGAGAACGAUGGGCCGAGCGCCACCGACGCCAUCAAGCAGGGCAUCCGCCGCGGCUUCCUUAACCUCGACGAAAACAUGCGCGAUCUGCCCGAAGUGGCCACUGGCGAGGACAAGUCCGGCUCCACGGCCGUCUGCGCUCUCAUCACGCCACAGACCAUUUACAUCGCCAACUGCGGAGACUCCCGCGCGAUCAUUUGCAGAGAUGGCAAGCCCGCAUUCAGCACGCGUGACCACAAGCCCAUCAUGCCGGACGAAAAGGAGCGCAUCCAAAACGCGGGCGGAAGCGUCAUGAUCCAACGGGUGAACGGAUCGCUUGCCGUGUCGCGCGCGCUCGGCGACUACGAGUACAAGAACGUUGAGGGCAAGGGACCCUGCGAGCAGCUGGUGUCCCCAGAGCCCGAGAUUUUCGUGGAGACGAGGGAAGACAGUCAGGACGAGUUUCUGGUGCUUGCUUGCGAUGGCGUCUGGGACGUCAUGACCAACGAGGACCUCUGUAGCUUUGUCUCCUCCAGGAUGUCCCUGACCGAUGACCUGGAAGUCAUUGCUAACCAGGUCAUCGACACGUGUCUUUACAAGGGAAGCAGAGAUAACAUGAGCAUCGUGAUCGUUGCGUGCCCCGCAGCACCCAAGGUAUCCCCCAAAGCCCUUGCACAAGAGGAAGAGUUAGAGGCGCAGCUGGAGAAACAAAUCACUGAACUGGUCGAACAAAAUGAUGGCAUCACCUUCCAACAGUUGAUACGAAACAUGCACGACUUGGACAUACCAAAUUUGCCUCCCGGCGGUGGUCUCAGUGCAAAGAGAAAUUUUGUUGAAGAGGUUUUCAAAAAGUUGUGUCCAGACCGAGCCGACAGUAUGGCCAUGGGUGAUGAUGCGGGUGCCAUGAAUUUUCUUAGGACAAUGAUGCCGCGUGCAGGUGAGCUCGCAGCCGCAGCCAUUGCUUCGGAAAUCGCGAUGGAUGACGAUGAGGCCGCCGAAAACCAAUAACCUUCUUUUGUUGUGCUUCCACGCACUCCCCCACUUCAUCAUGGUCAUCAAGUAAGCAAGCAAGCCAACAAGCAAGCAAAGGAAAACUAUUUUCUGGCCUUUAUUCGAACAUACAUACUGUGUAACUGUAGUUUGUCUUAUUUUAAAUAAGUUUUAACCCUGCCCUGGAGGGGACCUUGAUUGUCACUGAAACGGACACCGGAUCCACCAGGCUCCCAUGCAAACUCUUGCAAAGCUCAAUAAUACAUGAUUUACAGAGACGUUGAGUUAAAUUUACAGCGCCACCUCUCCUUGACUGUUCGGUUAAAAAGGUAUUUUUUGUUUGGAAAUGAAAGUAAUAUAAAUCCAGUGGGUUGAUGUUUAGUAAACUUCCUUCCAUCCGCCUCACUUCUUGGGCAUUGCGAAAGUAAAAAAUCCAGAAAAAAAGCUCAGCGAGCAUAUUUCUCUAGGAAGUGACUGCCUCAGUCUUGAGUGUGUAGAUGCAUUGCCAAUUUCUGCUGUGUGAUUGUAAAGAAAAAUAUUUUUCAAAGAGCAAGCGUGAAAACUACUGCAAUGUGGACUAAAAUUAUUGAUUGGCCUCUGUCCCAGUUUUGUUACCAAAUCAAGGACAAAUGUACUGCAAAUUUUUUGGUUUUCUUCCCCCCCCCCCCCUCCUUUUUUGUUACUGAAAUUGCAUACAAACCGUUGACUUCUUGCAUUUUCCCUUUGUGCUUAAUCAAAAGGCUAUUAUGUCGUUUAAUUGCAUUCGACUCUCAGGUGAACCAUGGGGUAUUUUUCAAAUCUUGUGUAUAACUAAAAUCGCUCCUUACUUAAAAAAGUAUGAAAAAAGUACAUUUACGAUGUUUGUAUUUAUUGUUGUAGCAGAGUACCACGGGCUACUCUUUUCAUUUCCAUCGACAGAUCAGGCUAACAGAAUCAGUCGCGAACAUUGUACUCAUUUGGUUUCGACUAGCCAUUAUUACUGCUGACUGCUGGAAAUCUUAUCAUUUUAUUACUUCUAGAAAUAAAAAAUAAAAACACAUAA